UGUUGAUUAUUGUCUGCACAUGUACUGAUGCAAAACAGAACUUUUCUUGAUCAAAGUCGCAAGUUAUAUUUUGAAUAAUGGUUACCUAAUGCUUAAUAUGAGGAAUAACCACACAUCAGUAUUUACUAAUUGUUGGGUUGUUCAAUGCCCAGCAGGUCAGAUGUCCUCUCUCCUUUGACAACACCAGCCAUACAGAAACGGUCUGGUAUUAGCAAUACAGUAGGUAGUUUUGUGUCUCCAUCAACAAGCAGACAUAAAGGAAUGGAUAGUCCGGUGACUAUGUAUAUGGAAGAAUAUGAUGCUGGUACUGAGAAGCGUGAUCGACGUCGCUCCAGAGCAUUAGAACUGAAACAAACUGUUGGGAGUCCUGCUUCACCUGCAGAAAGGCCAAGUUCUGUUUCAUCAAGCCAUGGAUUAACAGCUAAUCAACUUUCCGAACAUUAUACCAACUGUAUAAAGCUGUCAGCAGAAAAUAAAAUAAAUUCCAAGAAUGCCUUUGGAUUACAUUUAAUAGAUUAUAUGUCAGAUUUGGUCAAGAAAAAAGAAUUAGAAAACUUUCAGGUUGCCAGUACCACAUUAGAUGCUAGUGCUAAAAUCUAUGCAGGGAGAGUGGAUGCUAUACAUGCUGAGACUUAUAAAGUAUUGUCUGGUUUAGGAUCAAGUAAAGACAAAUCCAAACAGGAUGAUGGAGAGGAAGGAGCUGAUGAAGAAAUGGCAGAUAAUGAAGAUACACCAGAAAAUGAACAGAUUAAGAAAAAGAAAAAAAAAAAACAUACAACAGUGGAAACAAAUCUAAAGAACAUUACAGCUGCUAAAGUAGACUUGGCAUUUGAAGUAGAUCCUAUGUUUCAACUGAUGUCAGAGGCCUUUGAUGAAGGAGGAACCAUGGGAUUGCUACAUAAUACGUUAAGGUGUUUUAAUGAUGAUCAGGAACUGGUCUUAGAUUCAAGUACUGUUGUAAAUGCUGAUGAUGAAAUUCAACCAUCACAAAAUAAACCUAUAGAUUUAAGUGAUAUAAAAGAAAUGUUUAGAGGUAUAAAUUUAGAGUCAAAAGAAGUUUGUCCAUCAUUUUCAAGUUUUACUUUCAUGGAUUGGGAUGAAAAUGCUGAGGACACCACAGUGCACUCACAAGACAAUGGAGACCAUGCAUUUGACAUGAAUGCUGAACAUGAACCCAUACCUGAGGCUGACAAUGAUAAUGAUGAUAUGCCUGAUAUGGCUGGAGAUUUUCCUGAUAAUGAUUAUGCAGAAUCAGAUACCAGUGUACAUGAUGAGAACCAAAAUAAUGGAAUCACAAUAGGUGAUGGUAAAGCUGCUGAAAUGGCUGAAACCAUUGAAAGUAUCAAACAUGGAACAACAGGAACCCUGCUGUCAGUUUUAGCUUCGGAACCUUCUGAUUACUCAUAUUUCAAUAAUACUCUGAUGAGAGCUUGGGCAGGACCCUCACAUUGGAAAAUAAAACCAUUAUCAAAAGAUAAAAGAUUGAACAACCAAACAGAACAAGGAAAGAAGAAAUUAAAGAAAGAACCAUUUAAAAUGGACUAUGAACAACAGAUAGACUUUGAUAGUUACUUCAAAUCGUCUAGAGCAACAAUGUUAACAAAAGCAACAAUGAUAAAACAUAGUAAAAAGAAGAACACACUCCCAAAAGAUUUACAUUAUGAUGCUGAUAAGUUGUUUAGAUUAUUUCAGAAAGCCAAAGUUAUGAUAAAGCGACAGAACAAUACAAAUGACAAUGUUGAUGUUGAUGGGGAAAUAGACAACUACAAUUUUGAUAAUUCAAAUGAUAUGGAAAAUUAUUGUCCGAGGGGUGACGAGCCAUGUGAUGACGAUGAUGACGAGAAUGGUGAGUUUGGAUUCAACUUCACAGCAGAUGUCUGCUCUCAGGAAACCAAUGAUUCCCAGCAAGGAGUAGUGGUCAAUGACACUAUUUUAGAUGGAACAAUGUUAACUGGUGAUAAGUUACUAGAUGUUCCAAGAAAAGUUGCAAAGAUCGAUAUUGGGUACGCAAAAACAGCAAAGAAGUUAGAUGUGAAAAGACUGAAGAAAACAAUAUGGAACAUUUUAACAGAAGCGGAAGAAGAAAAGGACAAACCAGGAACAAGUGCAAUGCAAACAGAUCAACUAAAUAAAACCAUGGAUAAGACAAUAUCCUUUACCAGUCUGUUAGCAGAACUACCAAAAAGAGUGUCUGGCCAGACAGCAGAGAAUCUUAGUGUUCCUAUAGCAUUUGUCUGUUUAUUACAUUUAGCUAAUGAAAAGAAUUUGAAAAUUGAAGAUAGUGAUAUGAAAGACUUGAUAAUUUCUCAGGAUGUAUGAAAGUGUUUUAAGAAAACACUCAGGAUGUAUGAAAGUGUUUGAAAAAAAAAACAAAUGUGCAGUAACAAUUAAUUUUGUACAGAAAAUAGUGUACCGCUUUGGAUUCAUCAAUUGCAAAGAAAGGCAGCUGACAUGUAAAAUUAAGUUGCAAUUGAAAAGUGAAUAUCACCAGAUUAACUGAAUAUUUAUCAAAGAUAGAAAAAAGAAGAAUAUAAAAUAUCAUGUGAUUGGGGGGAGAUAACUCAAGGUUCUCCUGAACAAUGCUGAUCAACUGUGAAAAUAUACCUACUUUUUUACUGUUUCAAAAAAUAUAUUGUGUAAUGAUGUAAAUGAAAAGUAAAUAUACCAGAAGCUGAUUGUAUAAAAUUAAGGAAAUAUUUUGUCAUUUUUUUUAAAUCUCAGGUGAAUCUGCAAACCACUAUUUAAUGUUAAGAUAUUUUAUGAAUAAUGUUAUUACUUUUUAAAUGUAGAAUGUUUUUAUUUAUUUUAGAUAAUUGAAUCAUUUUAGAUGUAUGUCCAUUGCAUUUAAUAGAACUUUCGUAUACAGAACUUCUUCCUGUACUAUAUAGAGAUAAAUUACUUUUAAAGGGUGGCUUGUAUUAGUCAUGGAUUUGAUUGUUAUAUAUUGAAUUAGUUAUGGUGAUGCAUCAGCACAGCUAGUAUGAAGACAAAUAUAGUCAUUAGCUAAUAACUUCGAGUAGUUAAAUGAAAAUAUGCAUGUGCUAUUGAUCACCAAAUAGAUAAGAAGGGGUCUUUUUAAUUAUGAAAUAUAUCCCCCCCCCCCCUCCCCCCCAAAAAAAAGUGAAAAAAAAAACUCAUCUUUGAAAAUGUUGUCAUCAGUUUGAGGUCAAUAGAUUUUAAAAAAUGUUAUACAAUAUUUUUUUUUGUUGAAUGAGGGAAUUAUUUUUACAACUGGGAAGUGGGGAGUCAUUAAUAAGAGAUGUAGCAAUUUUCAUUAUGAUGUCAAAUACAAUACAUAUACAUUCAUAUUUUCACAUUAAAAACCCUUCUUUUUAAAAUAUUUGUUUAUAGCAUAGUAUUUCUUGGUACUUUUCACUCAAGUUCAUAAAUGGUCCUUCUUCUCGUAUAAGUUUACAUUCCUCUGAUAGUGGAAAAUAUAUUACUGCGGUUCUCAGGUAGAUCGUAAGAUAUUUAUAAAUUGAAAAAUACAUGGAAUCUUGUGUUUGUUCUUUUUUUUUUAAUCUGUUCAUAUUUUUUUUGUGAUAUCAAACUGCAGUACAAAUGUUAUCUAAUUUGUUAUCAUCUAGAUCAUCCUGUGCUAAUACAAUCAUCAGAGUUAUUUUGUCAUGGACUAUUUUUUCCGUUAUCUUUUCUGAAUCUAUUUGUCAUUCAGUGUUCUUCCUCAUCUGCAUAUAUUUUACUGUUCAUUUUUAUAUAUAUUUUAACAUUGUAUUGCUUGUAAAUAUCUGUAUAGAUCUAAUUUUGAAUGUCAGUGGAGGUAAAAUGAAUUCCUGUUAUCAUAAUUAGUUCCCAUAAUUUUGAAAUGGCUACAUCUUCAGCCAAUACUUUUUUUAUCUGAGGAGCCAAUAUAUGUUUGACUUGAAAAAACACUUAAUGCUUGUAUAAGACUGUGUAACACUCUAUGCCUGUAUAUUUAUUUUAAAUGAUAAAAUUAUUGUUAAAAGUCAUUGAUUCCCUUUGUUUGACAUUAGUCUGGUCUUGUUUCUACUGUUUUGUUUAAUACAAAAAAGACUUGAAUUACUUUUGAAAUCAUGACAGUAAAAUAAACCGCUCUUAUAUCAGUACAGGAAAAAAGUAUUUUAAAGAUUUUUGGUGAAAAAAAAAUUGUUUGAAUUUACAAAAAAUAGGGAAAAAAAUUUUAGCUUGUAAUUUCUUCAAAUUAUAUGUGUUUUCAGCAAUUAAUAAAAGUAGGAAAAUGUUCUUUUUUCUUCUUUUUCAAAUGCACUUCUAUCCAAAUUGUAAUUGACUCCCUGAAUUUGAACAAACUGCUGACGUCCGUUAGUUUUUAUGUUACGGGUAUCAACAUUUUGAGGCAUUUAGCACGUAUUUCCUCUUUCUAUACCAUUAUGGCAACUGUUCUGUUUUUACCAGACUUGGGUCAUUGCUUUGACACCAAAACUAGACCCUAUUAGCGCAUAAAAAUGUCUUUAUACAACUGUUUCCGCAAGAAUUUUGUAUUUUUUGACAUUUUUCCUGCAAGUCAUGUGACUUCAAAAGACUAAUUCUCUUCGUAUUAAAUUUUUCGAAAUAUUCAAUCAAUUAUCUUUCAUAUGGAUCCAAAAUGAGUUUUGGUGCGAAUGCUAUAUUCGAUUGAAUUUGGAUAGUGCCUUUUCCAUAAGUUUAGGUCCAAUUUGGCGGAACGUGAAAGGGUUAACUCCUUACAUGUCAUCUUUAACUUAACUUAAUAAUCUUCUGAGCAGCAAUGAGAAGGGAGUUUUUUUUGUAUAUCACUGUUUUGAAACGAUUUGAUUGAUUAAAUGUUGUUUUGUAAUCAAAUCAGUUAAACAGUUUGAUUGAUUUAAUGUUGUCUUGUACUUAAAUCAGUUGAACAAUUUGACUACACUUUGUAUUGGAAUUAGUCGAUCAAUUUUUUACAACUAUGCAUUCAAAUCAGUUGAUCAGCUAGAUUAAAAGUUUGAGCAUUUUUUGUAUGAAACAGACCAUUGGUAUUUUCAUUACCCUUCACCUGCUUUGAAAGAAAGAUUGUUACAUUGAAUGUAUUAAGCGAUAUCAUUCAGUGUUAAAAGGUUUUUGUACUUUCUACUUCUAAGUAUAGCAAAUUUUGUUUUAUGUUUUAUGAUUUAGAAAUUGUCAUAUGACUUCAUAGUAUCUUACAGAAAAUAUUGCAUUUAGUGUAUUCAUUUGUAAAUAAAUGCAUAUAAUCAGUAUGUAUUACAUUCUUAACUUAAAAAUAGCUUCAUGUGUUUUGCUAUCUAUAUGUAUAGAUAUCAGAGACAAUUGUAUACAGAAAUUAAAAUGUGUUUAAAAUAAGAUAUUCUUAACCUAAAAUUGUUAUCAACCAGAGUACAUCAUACUCAUCACAAAAUUAUGCAAUACAUUUGUUUUGGUUGUAAAUACAUCUUAAUAUAUAAAUGUAGGUGCAAAAAUAAAAAAAAUCUUAAAAAUAAAGUGACUAAAAAAGGUGAA